CACUCACUGACCUGCAUUAAUGCGCACACGCAGUUCUCCUAUUUCGUCGACUAUCUACUAUCCAGCACUGGUCACUGUGCAAGAAGAGCUUAAUACGACGGCAACAGCUGUCAAUGCCAGUCUUUCCAUAUUCACCUUUUUUACAGCCUUCUUUCCGCUCAUGUGGGCAAGCUUUGGUGACAUCUAUGGCCGGCGUAACAUUUAUUUGAUUUCGUUCUCCAUUUAUGUGGUUGGCAGUAUUGGAUGCGCUCUGUCUGUCAACAUCGGCAUGCUGAUUGCCUUCCGUGCCUUUAGCGCUAUUGGAUCCUCAUCGGUUAUGUCACUAGGAGCUGGUACUAUCAGUGAUAUUUACCACCCUCAUGAACGUGGUCGCGCUUUUUCAUGGUAUACCAUUGGACCUCUUCUUGGACCUGCUCUAGGACCAAUUAUAGGUGGAUAUCUCAAUGAAGGUUUGGGCUGGCGUAGUACAUUUUGGUUCUUGGUGAUUUUCUCGUUCCUGCUGCUGUGUGGUAUCUUCUUCUUGCUGCCUGAAACAUUCAGACCCGCACCACCUCCAGAGAAAUUACCUACCACCAAUGAAAAGGAAAAAACAGAAGUUGAAUCGGCUCCUACGCAAAAGAAGCGCCGUGUCAAUCCAUUGCAAGCAUUGGAUAUCUUGAGAUACAAAAACAUCCAACUGGUUGUCACCUUUGUGGCCUUCACAUUUAUGUUCUUCUAUCUGGUCAACACUACAUUCACUCGUACUUAUACACUGCAAUACGGACUUUCCAGUGGCAUUGUUGGACUAUGCUAUUUCCCUCAAGCCAUUGGGGCGAUGUCAGGCGGCCUUUUCGGUGGUCGUUAUUCAGACAAACUUUAUCGUUCCAGAGUGGCCAAAGCCAAUGGCGAAAGCUGGCCUGAACAGAGAUUGGGCGGCUGGGUUAUGUGGACCUCCAUUGCUGUUGAAGGUCUUGCUUUCAUUGCUUACGGCUGGUGCAUUAAAAUGAACGUUCAUUUUGCAUGGGGGCUUGUUUGUCAAUUUUUCCUCGGUUUUGCCUUGAUGAUUCCCAAUGUCGCCAUUACGGCUUAUCUUGUGGAUUGCUUCCGUACUCGUGGAGCCUCAGCAACAGCCUGCAACAACUUUGUUCGAUACCUUAUGGCGGGAAUCGGUGCCUUGAUUGCAUCCGCUAUUGACGAUGCCUUGGGCGACGGCGUUCUUUAUACCAUUUGCGGCGGUGUGCUCUUUCUCUCGUCUGGCUUGCUCGUCAUCGUGAUAGCCAAAGGUCGAGAAUGGGGUAAACUUCGAGAAGGACAAUAAGUCCCUUUUUUUUUUUUUAGCAUUUUCCAUCAUGUUAGGCAUACAUUCAUUUCCAUCGUUUUACCGGUUUCAGAUACCAUUUUUUUUUCUUUUCCAUUUUCGCA